AUGGCAACAACUUCAACCGGCGCUGAGAGCGCUGAAACCGUUAAUACGAACAAUACGGCAGCGCAAAGUCGAGCUACUACGGAUAGAGCAAUUAAAAGUGUUCAAUUUCCAAUUAGUGAUAAAUUGAGUAUGGAAGAUGUUUAUGACAGGCGGACAUCGAAGCCACGCGCUGAUAUUCUGAAAGAACACUUCACUAAGGAAGGUCGCAUCCAAGAAGAGGUAGCUCUAAGAAUAAUUUCGGAAUGCACUAAUCUUUUUCGUCAAGAAAAAACUAUGCUUGAUGUCGAAGCGCCAGUGACUGUUUGUGGAGAUAUACAUGGACAGUUUUACGAUCUAAUGAAACUUUUCGAGGUAGGAGGUUCUCCAGCAUCAACGAAGUAUCUUUUUUUGGGAGAUUACGUCGAUCGGGGUUACUUUUCUAUUGAGUGCGUGUUGUAUUUGUGGGCACUUAAAAUUUGUUACCCAACAACUUUGUUUCUACUACGUGGAAAUCAUGAAUGCCGUCAUCUUACCGAAUAUUUUACUUUCAAACAGGAAUGCAAAAUUAAAUAUUCAGAAAAAGUGUAUGAUGCAUGUAUGGAUUCGUUUGACGCUCUCCCUCUUGCGGCACUUAUGAAUCAACAAUUCCUUUGUGUCCAUGGCGGCCUUUCUCCAGAGAUUCAUACCUUAGAGGAUAUCAAAAAACUUGAUCGAUUCAAAGAACCACCAGCUUUCGGACCAAUGUGUGACUUACUUUGGUCUGACCCUUUGGAAGAUUUUGGUAACGAAAAGAGUUCAGAGCAAUUUUCGCAUAAUUCUGUCCGUGGAUGUUCGUAUUUCUAUAGCUAUGCAGCAUGUUGCGAUUUUUUGCAGCAUAAUAACCUUCUGUCAAUAAUACGUGCUCAUGAAGCCCAAGACGCCGGGUAUCGUAUGUAUCGGAAAUCACAAGCUACCGGGUUCCCUUCUUUAAUAACUAUUUUUAGUGCUCCAAAUUAUCUUGAUGUAUAUAACAACAAAGCUGCAAUACUUAAAUAUGAAAAUAAUGUGAUGAACAUACGACAGUUCAAUUAUUCACCCCAUCCAUAUUGGCUGCCUAAUUUUAUGGACGUAUUUACAUGGUCUCUUCCUUUCGUUGGGGAAAAGGUAACAGAAAUGCUUGUGCAUAUAUUGAACAUUUGUUCGGAUGAUGAAUUAAUGGCUGAUUCGGAUGAUACAUUUGAAGGUGGUGUUCCUUCAGCUCGAAAAGAAGUUAUUCGGCAUAAAAUCCGAGCAAUUGGUAAAAUGGCUCGCGCAUUUUCGAUAUUGAGGGAAGAAAGUGAGUCUGUACUACAAUUGAAAGGACUUACACCAACCGGCAAUUUACCACUGUUCACACUCCAGGAAGGCAGACGUGGAAUUCAAGAGGGUACUUUACUUUUUCACUUUUUUGUUGGGAAGAAGCUUUUGGCUUUUCAAGUCCGAAGAAUAAGCAUUGUGUUACUAUUGAUUUUUAAGUUGAAUAACAAACGAACUCAAACUGCCGGAUGUAGGCGUGAAAGCGAAACAGUGGUACUCCUGAAAGGUUUGAGUCCAGUUGGACGGUUACCAUUUGGUAUUUUGGCGGGUGGCAAACUGGCGCUCGAGGAGUCGUUAUCUGGUUUGGAACCUGGCCAUAGGAUCCGGUCAUUUGAUGAAGCAAAGCGACUAGAUAAAAUUAAUGAACGUAUGCCUCCGUCAAUGGCAACUCCAGUGCAAUCACCGUUGACUAGUCCAUCAGCAAAUCGGGCAAGUUCUCCUGUUGGAAAUAGUACAACGACCGUUAAUACAGAGACAACAGCUGCAACAUACUAA